GGCGCUGCGCUCGCUUUUAUCUCGGAGCCGCGUCGCUUCGUGCGCUGCCAGCGGGGCUCAGCCAGUCGGCUGGAAUUGAGUAGCAUUCAUUGAAUCUGCGGAUUUCAUGACGUCUCUCUGCGUGGUCCACCACUUUUCUCCUAACCGGGGAUUUUUUUUUUCUUCUGCCACUCUUAUCUUUCCCCACUUCAUUCCACCCAGUCUCCCUCCCCCGUCCCUGCCCAAACGCGCGCCCCUCCGCCCCUCCUUUGGCCCCAGCGCCCAGCCCUGCUCUCCGCGCUCGGCCAGAGGGAGCCAGUCCGGAGACGGCCGCACCUGGCUGGAGAGGCUGGGCGGGCGGAGGGGUGGAGACCCGCGGACGCCGGGAAGCCGGACCUGGAGCCGGAGCAGCCGCGAGCAGAAUGGAGUCUCCUAACAGCCUCUCGGGGCUGAUGUGAAAUUUGACCAUCUGAUUCCAGUUUUUUUCUUUUCCUUUUCUUUUUUGCAUUUCCUUCCCUCGCCAUCCGUCGUGUAGUGAAUUGUUCAGUCUUGCUCCGUUUCAAGAGAGGAGAUCAUGAUUGAGUGAAGCCACCCCGUCCGCAGCCAGGAAAAGCACAAAGAAGAAACUGCAACAAUGGCCAAGCUGACAGAAUCCAUGACUAACGUCCUGGAGGGCGACUCCAUGGAUCAGGACGUCGAAAGCCCAGUGGCCAUUCACCAGCCUAAGUUGCCUAAGCAGGCCAGGGAUGACCUGCCAAGACACAUCAGCCGAGACCGGACCAAAAGGAAAAUCCAGAGGUACGUGAGGAAAGACGGAAAGUGCAAUGUUCAUCACGGCAACGUGAGGGAGACCUAUCGCUACCUGACCGAUAUCUUCACCACCUUAGUGGACCUGAAGUGGAGAUUCAACCUAUUGAUUUUUGUCAUGGUUUACACAGUGACCUGGCUCUUUUUUGGAAUGAUCUGGUGGUUGAUCGCAUACAUACGGGGAGACAUGGACCACAUAGAGGACCCCUCCUGGACUCCUUGUGUUACCAACCUCAACGGGUUCGUCUCUGCUUUUUUAUUCUCAAUAGAGACAGAAACCACCAUUGGUUAUGGCUACCGGGUCAUCACAGAUAAAUGCCCGGAGGGAAUUAUUCUUCUCUUAAUCCAAUCUGUGUUGGGGUCCAUUGUCAAUGCAUUCAUGGUGGGAUGCAUGUUUGUAAAAAUCUCUCAACCCAAGAAGAGGGCAGAGACCCUGGUCUUUUCCACCCAUGCAGUGAUCUCCAUGCGGGAUGGGAAACUGUGCCUGAUGUUCCGGGUAGGGGACCUUAGGAAUUCCCACAUUGUGGAGGCUUCCAUCAGAGCCAAGUUGAUCAAAUCCAAACAGACCUCGGAGGGGGAGUUCAUCCCGUUGAACCAGACAGAUAUCAAUGUAGGGUAUUACACGGGGGAUGACCGUCUGUUUCUGGUGUCACCGCUGAUCAUUAGCCAUGAAAUUAACCAACAGAGUCCUUUCUGGGAGAUCUCCAAAGCCCAGCUGCCCAAAGAGGAACUGGAAAUUGUGGUCAUCCUAGAAGGAAUGGUGGAAGCCACAGGGAUGACAUGCCAAGCUCGAAGCUCCUACAUCACCAGUGAGAUCCUGUGGGGUUACCGGUUCACACCUGUCCUGACCCUGGAGGAUGGGUUCUACGAAGUUGACUACAACAGCUUCCAUGAGACCUAUGAGACCAGCACCCCAUCCCUUAGUGCCAAAGAGCUGGCCGAGUUAGCCAGCAGGGCAGAGCUGCCCCUGAGUUGGUCUGUAUCCAGCAAACUCAACCAACAUGCAGAACUGGAGACUGAAGAGGAAGAAAAGAACCUCGAAGAGCAAACAGAAAGAAAUGGUGAUGUGGCAAACCUGGAGAAUGAAUCCAAAGUUUAGUGCCCUAGCUGGGCAAACCCUUCUCUUCUCCCCCCAACACAAUCUUUCCUUGUCUCUCAUUCUCUUUCUUUUUCUGUCUCUCUUGCUUUGUUCUUUAUUUGUUUAUAUUUAAUUUUUACAUGACCAGAAAACAAAUCUUCAAGGUGUAAAAUAUCUACCUGCCCUCUCUCAGUUAUUCAGAUUGCCAAGGUAGACGUGGAUUUGAUGAAGGUGCAAAGUGCCCUCAUUUGUGGCCCAAGCCUGAUCUCCUCCCAAAAUACUACACAUCCAACUCCUGGAGAUUUCAGUUACUUACCUGCAUGUGUUGUACAAUACCAGAUCACUCAAAAAGGUGUGUCAAAGAUUUUACCUGGGAUAUGACAAGCAAGGUUUCUGGUGCCUAUUUAUUCAUUCAGUGAGACACAGAGUGGAGCCCUCAGUUUUAUGGAUCCCAAUUCAUUUCAUCUACUACAGGGUGAGGUGCUUGCCCCCAUGUGGGCGUGGCAGUUACAGGGCCCAGGUGAGCUGAAGACAAACCACUGUACAUAUAUAUGCCUUAUGUAAUUAUUUUCUUUUUGUAGUUAGUAAUAAAACCCAGCAUGUACAAAAGUACCAUAGAACAGAACUGCUAAAUACUGUACAUAGAUGUAUCAUUAAUGUAGGUUUAGAUAUAUAACUUUAGAAAUAAGAAGCAAAAAAAAAAAAAGAAAGAAAGAAA